CUAAACAAAUAAAAUUUAAAAAAAGUGGGAAAGGCAGAAUAAAUAAAUAAAAGGCCGUAACCUUUUGCAAUCUUGUUUCCUGAUGAAAUAAGGAGAAGAAGAAAUAGUGAAAUACAGAAACCAGAACGAAAAUAAGGAAGAAGAGAGACCCAAAGGCCCAAAAGUCUUCUGUUUUCUAUUGGAUCUGAGAUACUGAAUCCCCAACUGACAGUUUGAUUUUAAACGGUUUUGGUUUUUCUUUUUUAUUGUGAAGACGAGGCAGAGAUCUGAGGAACUGCCGCUAUCAACGCUUGCCUGCAGGUUUCUAUCAUUGGAUUUUGGCCAUUAAGAUUCAUGAUCACUGCUGGGUUGUUACUUUGUGAUACCUUCAUCCAGUGACCUUUUUUCCCAAUCAAUGUAAUCUUCGAAUUCGAUUCCAAUGCGACUGCAAGUUUGAUGUUGGCCGUCUUAGCUAGUAUUCAAGCAGCACAGCAGAAUUGCAGAAGCAAUAUCUGGUGCAUCAAAGCUUUUAUCUGCAACACGGUCUUCUGCAGCGUCAUAGAUGUCGCCGACUUUGUCACCACAGCCAGAUAAAAAUUUGCCUCAUGGGUUUGGUUUUGCUAACUCUGGAAUCAAAAAUAAUUUGCGCCUCUCCGCAUCACUCCAAGAUUUCUCAUCAUAUCGCCGUCUUGAUCCAGAAGCAGCUAAUCUUAUUUCUGAAAUUGACAAGAGCAUGAGCUAUUCGAAACCCCCUCUACAGCGAGAAAAUGCUGCAGCAAGUUUCUCGAAGGAGAAGGGUUUGCCCGGUGGAACUCCAUUUCUAACGAGAAAGUGGGUGCGGUUAAUCAUGGCUCUUUUGUGCCUAGUUUUGUUAAUUUUUUUGACAUACAUGGUUUGCAUGUUUAUUUAUUCGAAUUGGUCUAGGGGAGCCUCCAAGUUCUAUGUUGUUCUUGAUUGUGGAAGUACUGGAACUCGAGUUUAUGUGUAUAAGGCUUCAAUUGGUCACAAGAAUGAUGGUAGUCUGCCAAUUGUCAUGAAAUCAUUAACAGAAGGUCUUUCUAGAAAACCAAGCACACAAAGUGGACGAGCUUAUGAUAGGAUGGAAACUGAGCCUGGGCUUCAUAAGUUGGUGCACAAUAAAUCGGGCUUAGCAGCUGCACUAAACCCACUUAUCUCAUGGGCAGAGAAGCAAAUUCCUGAACGUGAGCAUAAGAAUACUUGUCUUUUCCUGUAUGCUACAGCUGGAGUUCGCAGGUUGCCCAAUGCUGAUUCAAAAUGGCUUCUGGAAAAUGCCUGGUCAAUACUAAAGCGUUCGCCUUUUUUGUGCCAGAAAGAGUGGGUUAAGAUUAUCACUGGGACAGAGGAAGCUUACCUUGGGUGGACAGCUCUUAACUAUCUCACAAGCAUGUUGGGAGCCACUCUUAAGAAGGCAACAUUUGGUGCACUUGAUUUGGGUGGAUCAUCAUUACAAGUUACAUUUGAGAAUGAGCACCGCCAACAUAAUGAAACCAAUUUAAACCUUAAAAUUGGAGUGGUUACGCAUCACCUUAGUGCUUACUCUCUUUCUGGCUAUGGGUUGAAUGAUGCAUUUGACAAGUCCGUAGUUCGUUUAUUAAGGAGCCUUCCAGAUGGCUCCAAUGCCAAUCUGGUUAAUGGAAUGAUAGAAAUUAAACAUCCUUGCUUGCACUCUGGCUACAAGGAACAAUAUAUCUGUUCUCAAUGUGCUUCAAAAGGUCAAGAAACUGGAAGUCCUUUAGUUCAAGGGAAAAUUUUGGACAAAGGGGGGAAAUCUGGAAUACCUGUGCAUCUUACUGGUGCUCCAAAUUGGGAGCAAUGCAGUGCAAUUGCCAAAGCUUCUGUCAAUUUAUCUGAAUGGUCGACUCUAUACCCAGGUAUUGAUUGUGAUUUGCAACCAUGUGCACUUCCAGAUGGCUUGCCUCGUCCUUAUGGCCAGUUCUAUGCUUUAUCUGGUUUUUUUGUUGUAUAUCGGUUCUUCAAUUUGUCUCCAGAAGCUGCACUUGAUGAUGUACUAGAGAAGGGUAGGGAAUUUUGUGAAAAACCCUGGGAAGUAGCCAAAAAGAGCGUUGCUCCACAGCCCUUUAUUGAACAGUACUGCUUUAGAGCACCAUAUAUAGUAUCACUGUUGAGAGAGGGCUUGCACAUCUCUGACAGUCAACUUGUCGUUGGUUCUGGAAGUAUUACAUGGACAAUGGGUGUUGCACUGUUGGAAGCUGGGAAGUCAUUUUCAAGCAGACUAGCGCUCCCUGGAUAUCAAAUACUGCAGACCAAGAUUGAUCCAAUGAUUCUUAUUGCCAUUCUUUUAAUGUCUUUGGUUUUGCUUGUUUGUGCAUUAUCGUGUGUUAGUAAUUGGACGCCAAGAUUUUUCCGGAGGUCAUAUCUUCCUCUUUUCCGGCAUAACAGUGCAUCUACAUCUGUCCUUAAUAUACCAUCUCCUUUCCGGUUAAAGCGCUGGAGCCCUAUGAACACUGGGGAUGGAAGAGUUAAGAUGCCACUAAGUCCAACUGUUCAUGGUAGUCAACAAACACCAUUUGGCUUGGGACAUAAUCUUGGCAGCAGUAUCCAGCUGACUGAGUCUUCCUUGUACCCAUCAACCAGCAGUGUUUCACAUAGUUAUUCCUCAAGUAGCUUGGGGCAGAUGCAAUUUGACAAUAGUAGCGUGGGUUCAUUCUGGUCCCCUCACAGAAGUCAGAUGCGGCUGCAAAGUAGGAGAUCACAGUCACGAGAAGACCUUAACUCCUCACUAGCUGAGACACAAAUGGUGAAAGUUUAGGAAAGGCUUUGCAGAAGUUUUGAUGCUACAAGCAAAUACCGAAUUGAUGUGAAGCGGGAUGAGUGUAGGCAAAACAAUGAUGAGAUGAUUGGUCCAGAUUGGUUAGAAGGAAGCCCUCCUCGACUUACCUGCGUUUUAAAUUGCAUAUUUCUUGGGAUUUCAAGCAUUGGUUACCAUUCAUUCAUAUUUCACAAUGGUAGGUGCUGUGCUGACUUAUUGUUUAAUUUGAGUCUCUUGUACCUCUUAGAGUUUUAUAUUGCACAGCCUAUACCUGAAGCAUCAUCUGUCAUCACACAGACACAGCUAGAUUAAUAGUAUUACUCUUCCCUUUUUCUUUUUCCUA